AUGGUUGCCAACUUCUUCAAGCUCCUUGUCGCUUCGCCAGAGGUCAACCCCGGAAACAGAAAGGCCAAGUCCAUUCCUGUGCUGAACCCAUUUGAUCAAUAUGGCCGGGUUUUCUUCUUUUCAUGGCUAGGAUUCAUGGUGGCAUUCCUAUCAUGGUAUGCAUUUCCACCGCUGUUGACCGUCACGAUCAAGAAAGACUUGCACAUGACUCAAGCAGAUGUCGCAAACUCGAAUAUUGUUGCGCUGCUAGCAACGUUGCUCGUCCGAUUCAUUGCUGGCCCUCUCUGUGACCGUUUUGGGCCGCGUCUAGUCUUCGUCGGUCUUUUACUUUGUGGUGCUAUUCCGACCGCUAUGGCUGGGCUUGUUACCAACCCGAAGGGUCUCAUUGCCUUGCGAUUCUUCGUCGGCAUCCUAGGUGGUACCUUUGUACCGUGUCAGGUGUGGUGCACCGGAUUUUUUGACAAGAAGAUUGUCGGUACGGCCAAUUCUCUGGCAGGAGGAUGGGGCAAUUCUGGUGGAGGAAUCACUUACUUCGUCAUGCCUGCGAUCUACGACGCUCUCGUCACCUCCCAAGGUCUCACUUCGCACAAAGCAUGGCGCGUAGCCUACAUCGUCCCCUUUAUCAUCAUCACCGCCGUGGCGUUGGGUAUGGUGUUCCUCUGUGAAGACACUCCCACAGGAAAGUGGUCAGAGCGACACCUCUGGCUAACAGAAGCCGCCACACCCUCCAACGGCAACAUUGUCGACAUCAACUCCGUCGGCAACUCAGGCGGACCUUCAAGUCCACCCUCCGUCUACGGCAUCACAGCCGUCGAUGUGGAAAAGAAAGGCGUACAGACUCCUUCAGUCAUUGACAAAAAUGCAUCUACGCUGGAGCAAAUUGACCUCCUCAAGGCAGAAAUUGUCAUUGCACCCACACAUAAGGAAGCCAUGCGCGUCGCAUUGAGCUUAUCGACAAUGGCAGUGGCUAUCCCGUACGCCUGCUCAUUUGGCUCGGAACUGGCAAUCAACUCCAUACUGGGAGCAUACUACGCCGCUCGAUUCCACCACAUGGGCCAGACAAAGUCCGGCCAGUGGGCAGCCAUGUUCGGUCUGCUAAAUGUGAUCUGUCGGCCUGCAGGUGGCUUCUUCGCGGACGUGUUAUAUCGCGCCACAGGCACCGUCUGGUCUAAAAAGCUCCUGCUGACAUUUUUGGGCCUCGUCAUGGGUGCCUUCCAGGUAGCAAUUGGGUUGUCGGACCCAUCUGACGAGACAACUAUGUUUGGUCUGAUGGCUGGGUUGGCGUUCUUCUUGGAAGCGUGCAACGGAGCUAACUUCGCUGUUGUUCCUCACGUGCAUCCUUAUGCCAAUGGUAUCGUGUCGGGUAUUGUGGGUGGGUUUGGAAAUCUUGGAGGGAUUCUUUUUGCCAUCGUUUUCAGAUACAAUGGGUCUCAGUAUGGGAAGUCGAUGUGGAUCAUCGGUGUCGUUUCCAUCGCGGCUAAUUUGGCUGUUGGUUGGAUUGGUCCCGUUCCCAAGAACAUGUAUGUUUGA